GGGCGCUGAAGAGCACUGAGCGCUCCACUAUUUUCUAGUGCGGUCGCUGGCUGUUCACUACAUGAUUGUUGCGCGCAGCAGAAAGCGUUUGGAUGAGUUAAAAUAGUUUCUCGCUUGUUGUGGAGUGAUGCUCACAAAGGCUGCUGGAUCAUAAAUAUGCACGGGAUGCUGCAGAGGUAGAAAAUCUUAAACUGUCGGAUUAUUGUGUUAGGACUCAAGAGAUGAAGAUUCAGGUCUCCUUUAGGAAAGGUCUGCAGGUGUGUUUACUCCUACUUUUGGUGGGACGACUCCAGUGCAGAGUAACGGCACCGGCGCGUCUGGAAGCUCCAGUGGACAAGCCUUUCACGCUCAACUGUGUGGUUUCGAGGGACCGAGGCGAAACUCUGAGGCAGGUGCGUUGGCUGGAUGUCCAGAACCAGACCCUGGUGACCUACCAGCCCGGCAAUAGGGACAGCGUGAGUGGACAGCAGCACGUGGAGGUCGCCCCCUCCCCGAAGGACACCUCGGCCAUCACCAUUCGCAGGGUGAGCUUCCGGGAUGAAGGCUGCUACACCUGCAUCUUUGACCUGCAUCCUUCUGGUUCAAAGCAAGGACAGACAUGUCUCUUUGUUACCUCUCAAGUCACCGCUGAAAGCAACAAAACAGCGGUGAGCGGCAAGAAGGCCUCCCUCACGUGUUCCUAUGGUUUGCCAGAAAAAGUGCAGCAGAUUGCAUGGAGGCACACGUCCGCCGAAGGAGACUCCACAGAGGUGGCCUCCUUCGCAAAGCGGAGCGACCCCAUGAUCGAGCCACCUUACCAGGGAAGAGUCUGGCUCGCCGCCUCCCUGUCGGAGAGUAAGCUCACCAUCCAGCCCGUCGCCAUCCAGGACGAGGGCUGCUACACCUGCGUAUACGACACAAUACCCGACGGGCCGAAGAGCUCCGUGGUUUGCCUCUCCACCUAUGUCCUGCCAAAACCUCAGGUGAGCUACAAAACCACUUCCCCCGGUGUGAUCGAGGCCAACUGCACCUCUUUGUCUCGGCCCCCCGCGGAGAUCGUGUGGAACGUGGAGAGGGACAACCGCACCAUGGGCCCCCCUAGGACCGCGCUCCUCCCCCAGGGCGACGGGACCACUCUGGUCAUCAGCACGCUCACUGUCCAAUCCGGGCUGCUGAAAGACGUGUCCAUCAAAUGCUUGGUUCACCACAAAGGGCUCGAGUCGCCGAUCGCUGUGUCCAUGAACACUAAAAUUGGGACAGCUCUCACCAUCCUGAUAUCAGUCACCACCGUAGCCGCUCUGCUGGUUAUGUCCCUUUGCUUCUGCCUUUGGAAGUGUUUUUUGCGCAAAGAAGCUGAUUAAUCCGAGCUGAGAGGAGGAGACCUUGCUUUUAAAGGGGCAGCCAUGCAGAAUUGUUUCAUCGUCAUCGUCGCGGUACAAACAGAAGAUGUCGUGACGCACCUCGAUAGGAUGUCCAGUACAAUCCUGUGUAUGAGCAAAAACUGGACAACCACAUCCCACUCUGCUCUGCUGCCUCUGACUCGUAAUGUAAUCUCCAGGCUGUGAGAACCUCUUUUUUUUUGUUUUUUUUUUU